UCUUUUCAUUUCCUCCAUACCUUGCUAAUUCGCUUCGUUCUCCGAUUCGCCUUUCAUUCAUUCGUUCAUUCCUUCAAUCAAUCUCUUAUUCUGCGUUGGCUUGUGCUCUUCCUCCCUCUCUCGAUCCCUGCUCAAAAUUACCCUUUUGCCCCCCCCUUCCCUCCCUCCACCAACAACCAGAUCCAUUCUCUGACUCCCUCUCUUAUUUAACUCAACCCCCCACCGUCCCCGUCUUCCGAUUCAAUCAACCAAAACCCUCAAUCCUCAAAACCCUAGAACAACCAACAACAACCGCCGCCCCCUCUUUCCCCACAGAUCCUCAAUCUAAUCCAAUUGCUGCAUAAUCCCAACUCCUCCUUCUCCUGACACCGUUGACCACACUUCAGCUCCACCAAACUCUCCUUUUCUUUCUGCGUACAGGAAUGUUGGGUACUGGCUUGAACUUUGGGCGUGCCCGCGGAGACGAUCGCUUCCACGCGCCGGUCAGGCCUCGCCGCUCAUUCCAAGGCGCUGUCGACAGCGAUAGGCUCCGCAGAGCUCAUAGUGACGUAUCGUCGAGCCGGUCGUCCGUUCGGGAUAAAUCCGCGGAUUCGGUUCGGGAGCCCGAGAACCGGGUCGUGUCGGACGAGGCCAAGAAAGGUGUUGCGGUGCCGUCGUGUGAGGCUGCCGAGAAGCGGUUGAGCAAUCUAGAGCGGUUCUUGCAGGCGAUCACGCCCUCUGUGCCUGCACAGUAUCUUUCUAAGAGGACCAUGAUGAGAGGCUUUAAGGCGUGCGAUGUGGAGUCUCAGCCUUACUUUGUUCUUGGUGACUUGUGGGAAUCUUUCAGGGAGUGGAGCGCAUAUGGUGCUGGUGUACCGCUUGUAUUAAACGGGAAUGAGAGUGUUGUUCAAUAUUACGUUCCCUAUCUUUCUGGAAUUCAAAUUUACACUAGUGGGAAGCCUUCUGUAAAGUCAAGGCUGCCAGGUGAGGACAGCGACAGUGAUUUCAGGGACUCAAGUAGCGAAGGUAGCAGUGAUUGUGAACCUGAGAGAGGAUUGAAUUACUUGAGGGAGCAACGGAAUCAUCCACACCUGCCAGAUGAGAUUAAUCGUCAAAUGGGUGGAUUAUCAUUGAGAGACCACCACACACUCCGACAUGAUGGCUUUUCUAGUGAUGAAGGCGAAUCUGUCAAUUCGCAGGGCUAUUUGCUUUUUGAGUAUCUUGAAAGAGACCCUCCUUACAGCCGUGAGCCUUUGUCUGACAAGAUAUUGGACCUUGCUUACCGCCUUCCAGAACUGGUGAAUCUAAGAAGUUGUGAUAUACUAUCGUCAAGUUGGAUAUCUGUAGCAUGGUAUCCGAUUUACAGGAUACCCACUGGUCCAACUUUGAAAGAUCUUGAUGCAUGCUUUCUAACUUACCAUUCUCUUUAUACACCUGUGGGAGGUACACAACAAAGGGUGCAGGCACCUGUAAUGUCACAUACUACUGAGACAGAUGGUGCCCCUAAAAUGUCUUUACCGGUGUUUGGUCUUGCUUCAUAUAAGUUCAAAGGAUCUCUGUGGACUCCAAACGGUGGACAUGAGCGCCAGGUGGCUACCUCUCUUUCACAAGCGGCUGACAAGUGGUUGAGACUGCUUCAGGUCAGUCACCCUGAUUUCAUGUUUUUCAGCCGCUGAGGAUUCUAAGGUGACUGUAACAAUUUUAAUUAAGCCGUUUGAGAAGUGGAUCUAGUUAUCUGCCAUUACCAGCUUGGCCCAUUUCUUAGAUACAGUACUUGAUGAAGUGAGAGUAUAUCAUGUAUUUGACAAAGAAAAAAAAAAGAAAAAAAAGGGAAAAAAGAAAAACAAAAAGAUGUCAGGCCCUGUCCUUUGUAGUUCCUGCUAUGUUUCCUUCUUUGAUAAGUGAAACAAUGGAAGCAGCAAAGCUCUGGACAAGCAUCCUCGACUGUUAAGGCUACUCAGAAUGUGUUCAUGGCGGAUGUACAGGCUAAAAAGCAGCUUAGCAAUCGCAUGGUUUUGUUUUGCUGACAUCAAUGAUUUUACCCACAUCAGUUGUUUGUUGUAAUUUUGCAACUAUAUUUAUUUUAUGGUGGCAUGUUUUUGUUAAAGAGAACAGGCUUCUUUUUUGUGUCCUGAUGAUCACCAUAUAGGACCCGGCUUUAGUGUAUUGGGGAAUUUUACUGGUAAUGGUAUUAGAAUUGCCCCAUCUCUGUAUUUGAAUUGUAACAAUAACAUUUACGUAUCUUAGCUGCUUUACAUGUAGGAACCGUUAUCUUUUCUUUGUAA